UCGAGGGACCAUUCCGCAAAAAAGAAAAAACCCAACAAUAUCGUCAAAAUUUCCCUCGCUAAUCCACUCCCAAGCUCCAUUUUCAUCAAUGGCUACUUCUCUCUUGCCGCCUUCUUCUCCUCUCAAACCCUCGAUGUUAAUCCUCCACAAAAACCCUACAAUCCCCAAAACCCUAACCCUAACAUCCAGCGACGAGAGAAGACCAAACCCUAGCAGGAGCAAGACGACGAAGCGGAAGCGCUCGUCGUACGGAACCUCUAGGAGGUCAGUCCUCAAGAAGAGCUUCUCUCAGGAGCAGGUCACCUUCGUUUCUCCUCCCUCCGCCGCCGCCACCGCCUGCGCCUCCGCCCUCGAGGACCGUGGUGUUCGAUCCACCGUCUUUGAUACAGGGAUGCAUGGUUUAGGGGGGAGACUGGGGACGAGAAUGGUUGAAUUUGAUGGCCAGGAACUGGUUUUUGAUCAUGCCGCUCAGUUCUUCACCGCGAGCGAUCCGAGGUUUGAGAAGUUUGUUGAGAAAUGGUUGAAGGAAGGGCUGAUUCGCGAAUGGAAGGGUCAAAUAGGGCAGCUUGAAGCUGGGGGUCGUUUUAAUCCGGCGCCUUAUACUACUCCGAGGUAUAUAGGAGCGAGGGGGAUGCGGCCUCUUGCAGAUUCGAUCCUGGUGCAGAGUCGUAUGGUUAAUGUUGUGAGGCCUUGCUGGGUAAGUAAGCUUGAGCCAUUUAAUGGAAUGUGGCAUUUGAGUGAGAAGGGGAAUACGCAAGGCCAGUUUGAUGCAAUUGUUAUUGCGCAUAAUGGUAAAUGUGCAAAUCGCUUGCUGUCAUCUUCUGGCUUACCACUACUAUACAAGCAAAUGAAGAGACUGGAACUCAGUUCUAUAUGGGCGCUUCUUGCAGCGUUUAAAGAUCCUCUUCCUGUUCCUGUUGGAGCUCCCAUGGUUUUUGAAGGAGCUUUUGUAAAAGGUGUGGAUUCUGUUUCAUGGAUGGCCAACAAUACCAGCAAACUUUUCCCCUUGCAAAGUGGCUUGCCUCAAUGUUGGACUUUUUUCAGUACAGCUGCUUAUGGAAAACGAAAUAAAGUCCCCCAGGAAAAUAUCCCCUCUGUCACAGCAGAGAAAGUGAAGGCAGAGAUGCUCAAAGGUGUUGAGACUGCUCUUGGAUUAUCUAAGGGAUCACUUCAGCGCCCAUUUUACUCUCGAGUCCAGCUAUGGGGUGCAGCUCUCCCAACCAACACUCCUGGAAUUCCUUGUAUCUUUGAUCCUCAUGGACGGGCAGGGAUCUGUGGUGAUUGGCUGCUCGGGUCUAAUCUUGAAGCUGCAGUCUUAAGCGGAAUAUCUCUCGCACAUCAUAUGGCAGAUUAUUUUCAAAGUGGUGGAGCUCAGGCGGAAGAAUUUGAAAUUGGCUUACAUGAAACGUAUAAAGCAGUAGAUGGUCAUGAUAUUGGUCAGUUCCACGAUUUGGGUUCUAAAGACAAACUUCUUGCUGUUCAGGCAUCCGCAGCUUGCUUGUGAUAAUUAAGAAGAUAUGUAAAAAGGGUCAGCAUGAGGUACUUGUCCAAGUCAUUACCAUUGCUAAACCCUCUCUGAAGCAUUUUUGAGAUCCCUGUACUGAUGCGCCCGACAAAAUCAAGAGAUAGAUGAGGAAAUCUCCACCAUAUAUGCAUAUGAACUAAGCUAUGAAAUGCAAAUGCUCUUCAGUGUUAUAAUUGUUUGUAAUGAUCUUUACUCUUCAAGUGGAAUGUAAACAGUUGAGAGUACAGUUUUUCUCACUGGUGCAAUGCAAAAUUAUUUGCUUGUAUCUUAUCUUCCUGUUUGGUUGAAAAUAACCAAACACAUGUAGUUGCGUUUCACAAUGCAAUAACAACUCCAGCAGGGACUUCUAGUUUUGGAUUGUA